AUGGAAACUUGGGAAGUCCAGCACUUAUCUAGACAAGCAAACGAGGACCUUUCCCACGCCUUGGAGAAACCCACCUUGAACUGGGAGGACCUUAUGAGAAGUAACACAUUUGCUUCAAUUUAUUCAGCAAAUGAUAUUAAGAAGAUACGAAUGACUGGUUGCCACCCAGCAAAGGCUUUAAUUGAAGACCUCGAUUCCAGAAAAAUUUCACUAAAAGUCUUGCGAAGAGGUCUAUUUGAAAUUGGCAACAGAAAGGCCAUUUCAAUCAUCGAAAAAGGUACGUUACUCGUAUGGCCUGCGUUGAAAUAA